UUCAUUUUUAUUUUUCUCCACUCUAAUAUUUUUUGGUGAGUGAGUGAAUGAACAAAACGCAGAAGAGAAGAUCAUCAUCAAUUAUCAAUCAAUAUAAACAAACAGGAGAGAUGAAGACUGCGAUUUGUCGGAGCAUCGGCCUCUCUCCCAACCACCUCUUCAUAUCAGGGGACAAAUAUUCUUUUUGUAAGGGCCCAUGCUCCAAUCUGUGUGUUCCCAUGGCUGUAUUAACAAAAGGAUCUGGUAAAGGGGGAGGAAUCCUGGAAAAGCCAAUUAUUGAAAAAGCCACCCCAGGCCGGGAAUCUGAAUUUGAUUUGAAGAAAUCACGGAAAACAGCACCGCCAUAUCGUGUAAUAUUACACAAUGACGACUAUAAUAAACGGGAGUAUGUCGUCCAAGUACUUAUGAAGGUGAUCCCUGGAAUGACCCUUGAUAAUGCGGUUAACAUCAUGCAAGAAGCUCACCACAAUGGAAUGUCAGUAGUGAUUAUCUGUGCUCAAGCUGAUGCUGAAGAUCAUUGCAUGCAACUUAGAGGCAAUGGUUUACUCAGUUCAAUUGAACCUGCAGGUGGUGGUUGUUGAUCACAUCUUUCAGUUUAAACCUUCGGGUGAGAUAGGAAAUAUCGGGUGUGUACAUAAUUUCCCCUAAAAAAAAAAACAGACAUAACAUGUGUAAAACUUGAUUAUCUUAUGAUGAAGACAAGGAACUUUGAUUAUGAAUAUGAAUAAAUAACAUAUAAACU